AUGGACAUCUUUGAGUCGUUGGGAAUUAAAAUACCAAAUGCAGUGUUAGUGGGUGGUGAUCCAGAAAUAGCUGUUGAGGAAGUUGAAGAUUUUUUGCAUCAGUAUGGUGAUUUAGGUGAAAGUGUCACAUUAAGCUCACCCGGGAGUGAAUAUCAUAAAAUGAUUGCAGUCGAAUUUAAAUCCGGUUCUGCGUUCGAGUUAUUAGGUCCCAUGUUGCCAUACACAUUUAAACCUGGUGAUAAUAAGUAUUUAAUUCAAAACUUGUCUAAAGUUUAUGCCCAGAGUGUUGGGUCCAAUAAAACCAAAACUUAUUUAGAAGACUUAAAACAAGUGGCUAAAUUAUCUGGACAAGAUCUUGCAGAAGUUUUGAAAGAACUUAUGGUCCAAAUUAGUAGUGCUGUAACAGAAUUACACCCCACAAAAACUGAAGGCUUCACCGAGGAACAAGAAAACCCACCUGAACACAAAAUGGCCGCUGCUCCCAUUUCAUCUGAAUACAAAAUGGCUGACCAUCCACCAUCCCACAAUAUGGCUUCUGCUUCAACUCCAUUUACCACCACUCAACCUCCACCCAAUAUACGUCUAUCUGCUGCAGAUGUAAACCCACCUGAAGCACACAGAUAUGUGGUUGAACAUGUUUGGAAAAGUGACGACAAUUUUCGAUUAUCUCACCGAUUAAGGAUGUUUUCUGGGAGAGUUCCUCGUCCACCACACGAAGUGGAUUUUGAAACAUGGCGUUCUGCAGUGGACCUCAUUCUCAAAGACCCAGCUAUUUUCGAACUUCAGCGGUCAAGACAGAUCUUGGACAGUCUGCUGCCCCCUGCUGCAGAUGUAGUGAAACACCUGAGCCCAGACCUGCCAGCUGAAGUUUUUAUCCAGCAUCUGGAAUCAGCUUUUGGAACAGUUCAAGAUGGGGAGGAACUGUUUAUGAAAUUCAUGGAUACUCUACAAGACGCGGGUGAGAAGCCGUCCACUUACUUACAGCGACUUCAAGUGGCCCUCACAUUGGCUGUAAAGCGUGGCGGAGCCAAACCCAGUGAAAUGAACAGACACCUGCUAAGCCAGUUUUGUCGAGGUUGCUGGGAUAAUACCCUCAUUACAGAGCUCCAGCUAAAACAAUGCAAAGUCAACCCACCUUCUUUUGCAGAACUGCUGCUUUUAUUAAGAACUGAAGAAGAUCGUGAGGCCAGUAAAACUCAGCGGAUGAAACACCAUCUCGGAACAUCCAAGCAGAGAGUUUCGGCUCAAGCACAGUUUGUAGCCGAAGAGGAAAAGGGGGUUAGCACUGCAUUAGCUGCUCUCACGAAGCACAUGGCUGCAAUGCAGCAGCAAUUGGAUGCUCUUACUGCCUCCCAGCUUCAUCAGUCCAGUGCUCAAAGAGUCCCACCUGUUCAUAAGCCUUUCCAGAAAUCCCGAACAUCCCCAACUUCCAGCCCAAAGCCUGGAUUUUGCUAUCGCUGCGGGGAAGAUGGCCAUAUUCGACCCCAGUGCCACAAUGCUCCCAACCAGACAUUGGUAAACACGAAGCGCAACCAGUUCAACGAACGGAAAGAAAAGUGGCAGAGACGUUACCCUUCCUCUCAACCCCCUUUAAACUAAGCUCAGUUCCUGUUGGGGGACAC